AUGUUGUCGUUUUUUCUUCCAAGUACGAAGACAGAAGUAGAGUUUAGAAAUGAUAUAAAAAACGUAUCUGAUCGUCUCGAGUUUAUCUCACAAGAAGGACUUAACAUCCAAUCGACGAUCAACAAAGACAAUGCGACACUGAACAUGAUUCGGCUGAAGCUUGAAAACUUUGUUGCCAAAAAGCGAUAUGAAGAGGAUAUCAACUGUUGUUCCGACUCAUUCAUCCAGCCAGAUUUUCAACAACAAUACCUUCGUCCACAUGAACAACCAUGUGCUCCAACAACUAACCCUUUGGCGCCAUCGUUUGCUCUUAUCACUGAACUGACUACUACUGAAGAUACCCCUGACGAAAAACGUGACGAAUUGCCCCCAAUAAACUAG